AUGUUUAAAUACCAUCUCAAAAACUCAAAAUCGUUGCCUAGGCGACGUACCCAUCGCCCGAAGGUGGGAGGUACAGCAAGGAGUGAUAAAGUUAAAGAUGAACGUUAUCUCACACUCUAUACAACCUACCAUCUGGCUACAAAAGUUACAGCUAUGUCGUCAAAGGCUGUAAAGGUAGUGCAGAUUGGCUGCGCAAGUGUUUAUUGCCUUCUUUCUGCUGGUGUCAUCUUUGGGUUUGCUGCAUUUAAGGCUGUCCUACUGGCGGAGGACGUUUAUGGUGAAUAUUGUCCUGCUGAUUCUGCAAGACCAUGCACUGAACAAGAUCUCAAACUAAACUUCAUAUUUACGUUAGCUGCUGGUGUCACUAACGUUGCUGCUUUGCCAGUUGGUUGGGUACUGGAUCACUAUGGACCUCGAAUCAGUGGUAUUGUAGGGUCCCUUUGGAUCACUGUAGGUGCUGCAAUGUACAUUUGGGCUCAACAGUUCUCACAUAUUUUGGACCCAUAUCUGAUUGGAUACUCAAUGUUUGCCAUUGGUGGCCCGUUUGUAUUCAUUUCAAGUUUCCAAUUGGCCAACACCUUCCCCAAGAAAUCGGGGUUUAUCCUUUCAUUGAUCACAGGUACUUUUGAUUGUUCUUCGGCACUGUUUUUGUUUUACAGACUUGGCUACCAGCACUCUGGUAAGGGCUGGCAUUUGUCUCAAUUUUUCGGUGUCUAUAUGAUAGUACCACUGUUCAUACUACUUUCCCAAUUGACGGUGAUGCCUAAUGACUCCUAUAAGACUCAAGGAACCAUUGAAAAGAUCUCUGCUGAACAUUUAGAUGAAAACGGUAGACUAUUAGAAGGUGAUAGUAUAUCUGCGUUUUGCACUGAUGAUGAAGAACGCAGAUCUUUAGUGAAUGAAGAGGCAUUGGAUCGUAAUGAAGAGCUCCGUACCCGUAGAGGACGUCGGAAGUCGGUGGUGGAGCUCCAUGUGGAGAGGAAAUUGGAACAAAAAUCUGGUGGUAUAUUUGGUAUCUUACAUGAUAAAUCCGUUAAGGAGCAAAUAAGUAAUCCAAUGUUUUAUUUGAUGGUAGUAUUCACAACAAUUUGUAUGCUGAGAAUCAACUACUAUGUGGCCACCAUUAGAUCCCAGGAAGAAUAUUUAUUGAAGGAUCCUGAGUUAGCAUUAAAAUUAAAUUCCAUAUUUGAUGUGCUUUUACCUCUGGGUGGUGUAGUCGCUAUACCUUUGACAGGUGCCAUCUUAGAUCACAUGAAGACCUUUGACAUUCUAGUAACACUGGUCACAAGCUCUGUGGUCGUAGGAGUUUUGGGACUAAUUCCUAGGAGCUUUACCCUACAUCUGAUCGGUAUCUUAAUCCUAGUGGUUUACAGACCGUUUGUGUACACGGUAAUUUCGGACUAUACUUCGAAGGUAUUUGGGUUUGAUACUUUUGGAACCGUUUACGGUCUAUUGAUUAGCAUUUCUGGUAUGUUCAACAUGGUACAAAGUAUUUUAGACACACUGACUCACAAGACUUUUAACAUGAAUCCUACACCGCUUAACAGUAUUUUGGUAUUGAUCACUAUAAUAUCAGGUUUAACUCUACUAUGGGAUGUUCGUCGUCAAUUGCGUCUUAGAACUCUACAUAAGUCAGAUCAAGAAGAUAACUAA